AUGUCGGUUGUUCUGUCCCGGGCGAUUACCCUAACAGCAGGCACAUUGUAUCCUGCCUACAGAAGCUACAAGGCCAUUCGGACGAAAGAUGUACGAGAAUACGUUAAGUGGAUGAUGUACUGGAUUGUUUUUGCGAUGUACACGUUGGUAGAAGCGCUAGCAGAUAUUUUCAUCUCCUUCUGGUUUCCCUUCUACUAUCAACUCAAAAUCGUUUUUGUGUUAUGGUUACUCAGUCCGUGGACGAAGGGUGCAUCCAUUUUAUACCGAAAGUGGAUUCAUCCUCCGCUUUCCAAGCAUGAACAAGAUAUCGAUGCUUUGCUGGAGCAAGCAAAGUCGGAGAGCUAUAACCAACUUGUUCGAUUGGGAAGUCGUAGCUUAUUGUGUGCUCGUGAUAUCGUAGCCGAAGCUGCUCUACGUGGUCAAGCUCAGUUGGUAAAUCAGCUGCAGAGGUCGUACAGUGCUGGUGACGUUAAUCGCGAUCGUGAGAAUGAACCUCGGAAGCGUAUCCAGGUUGAAGGAAUACAGGAGAUUGACGACGAAGACGCUGAGCACGAGAGGUCGAUGGGCCAGCGUUAUGAAUCAGGCGAUGAGGAGCCACAUCGUCGCCGUAAGAAUCGUUCACGUUCUGGAUCAAGAUCACGUACGUUAGAAGGAGGAGAGAACACAUACAACACGAUGCCUCGGAGUCAACGCCGACAUAUGUGA